UUCCGUUCGCAACGAUCUCGCUCUCCCUCAGUCUCAUCACCGCGCCAACAUAAAUUGAAAUAUCAUGAAGCGGUUCCCCUUCGCGUCAGCCUGUUUACCAAGAGAUGGAUUCGAUAGAAAAGAGAAGGAGGCGGCUCAAAAUAGAAAACCGCAGAAAUAGAAUAGAUAGAGGAUGGACUCGCCCCCCGUUCAUCUCAACAACGCGCCACCGCCUCCGCCUCAAGCCACCUCUCCUUGCCGCGUCAGGCUCAUGGUCAGCUACGGUGGUCGAAUCCAGCCCCGUCGCUACGACAACAGGAGGCUUUCCUACGUCGGCGGAGAAACCAAGAUCCUCUCCCUUGACCGCUCCGCCCGCUUCCCUGCCCUUCUCUCCAAACUUGCCUCCAUCACCGCCUUCGUGAGCCCACUCUGCCUGAAGUACCAGCUCCCCGGUGAGGAUCUCGACGCCCUCGUCUCCGUCACCGACGACGACGACAUCGACCACUUGAUGGCCGAGUACGACCUCCUCCAUCGCACCUCCUCCACCAAGCCCUCGCCCCGUCUCCGCCUCUUUCUCUUCCCCGUCGGUCCCCCUCCCCCGCGCCCCUCGGCGGCCCUCCUCGACGCCGCCCGCUCGGAACGUCAGUGGUUCCUCGACGCCCUCAACGCCGUGCCAGCCCCACCCUCCGCGCCGCCUGCGCUGCCCAUCACGCUGGAUGCCUCGCAGAGCCCCGACUUCCUUUUCGGCCUCGACCAGGACUACCUCACUACCGCAGCGGGUAAGGUCACCGCAGAUCCUCAGUCCCUGUCGUCGGUGCUGGAGAAUCUUCCCCUCGAGGCGCCAACGAAGCCCGAUCUGGUCAAGGAUGAGAGCGAAAAACCAAUCGCGGGAGGUGCUGAUUCGGUCGCCGCUUCUCCCGCCGUGGUAUCUACGGGGGAGAUCCAGCGACAGAGCCCGGAUCUUGAUAAGCCAAAGAUCGCCGAUAAUCCUCCGCCGGUGGUCCCGUGCAACGGCAGCGAGGAGAACCUACCUAGGGUAAACCUUCCAGAGUACGGAGUUCGAAGAGCACCGGAGGUCAUCGCUGCGCCGCCACCCUCGACGGCAGUGUACUGGCUGGAGCAGCGCGGAGGUGCAUCGGUCGGAAGGUACGCCUUGUCGGCUCCCGUCGGCGAUCAGACGGUGUACCUAAUUCAGGCGUCACCGGGCGGCUACCCAGCGAUCUACACUGCAGCGCCAAGAGCGGUGCCAGCGAAGGCCUUCUGCGAGGCUACGGCUCCCGGUCUGGUAUCGACGAAGCUGGUGGGAGGCUGUGGCAAGCUGAUGACGCGGCUGGAGGCAUACGCAGCAGCAACAGCGGGGCAGGUGGCGUACGAUAGAACGGAGCGGGUGGUUUACGACCCGAGCGUCGCACCGACGUAUCAGACGGUCACGAGCCCUCGAUCCCGCCGAUGCGGCCGUUAGAGCUACGAAGGCGUCAGAGAUAUCUCGAUCGACUCCGGAGAAAAAACAAAUAAACAUAGGUCUCUAUUCCUCUUCGUUGUUCUGUUCAUUCCUUUCUCUUCUUUUCCCCUUCUUUUUUUCUUUCUUAUCUGUAUAUUUGUUUUUCGAGAAAGUGUUAUUGCUGGUGAGUUGGUUUUCUUUUUCUUUUUUUUAUUUUGGGACCCCUCUGGGCUUUAGAACGUAUGUAAAUAUGGAGAUUUUUAGUAGUCAGUAGGUAGAUGAGUAAGUGUGUGAGUGAGACUUUGGGAUAUUUCUGUGUCGGGUGCCGGCGUGAGUGCUUUUAAGGCUCACGAUAAUGAUAUUUGGAUAUUUACUUGUGGAA